GGCCGUGACCCGGUUGAGGUCAACAUGUGCGUGUCAUCGAUAGUUGUUGUAUUCAUGUUACUUUUCUGCUUUGAAAACAUGCGAUAAAGAUGGUUUCAAGACACCGAUAAUCAGUAACGUUCACUGACAAGAUGUGUGGAUCUCUGCUGAAGGACCUGUGUUUGUUUAGUGAACAUGGGCGUGGUCAUCUUCCUACGCUGGUGUCCAGGCUGGAGACUUUGGGUGCUUCGCUGCAGCAGCCUGGUCCUGAAGGGGGUCAACUAGUCACUGAUCUUGUGGACACCUUCUUCAAAUGUCUGGGAUGCUCCAAAAUGUCCAGACAGAUUGAAAAGGUUCUGAGCAGUGUUCCUCCUUCCAAGGCACCAAUAGUGGAAUCUCAGAUGACUGUCAAAGUACAAGAACUGCUCACAGACAGAGAUUUACUACACAAAGUUAGCUGUGUUUUGGAGCAGAGUAAGGUGGCAAGGGAGAUAAUUCACAGGCAUCUCCAAGACUUGUGUUGUUGCUUGCAUACAACCAUAGACAGUAUCCUCCAUGAAGAGUCUCAACCACAAGGAGCUGCUACAAUGUACACUGUUGGCAAGAUCAGCCUGCAGGUGUUACACCACUUCAGUGAGGAUCUGCAUCGUGUCGUGUGGCUGGGCCAUGACGUCACUGCUGAACGUCUCACAGAACAUGUCUCACUCCUAUUUCAGAACCUUGUAACAGUUCUAACCUGCAGUGGCUUUGCUGCAGACAUCUAUCUGUUCGCCGGGACAACUGUGGCCAUGUUGUUGAACCAGGCACCAGAUCCACACGCCACAGUUGAGAGCCUGAGGCAGGUGUUCAGGGUCAUUGCGGACGGUUGUGGAUGCUGCCAUCUCGGACACCUCAAGAUGAAUAUUGUGAAGAGGGAUGGACAGGAUUGCAACAGAUUUUCUGAGUUGGCGCUCAUCAAAGCUGUUGUCAUGUGUUGUCGUCUAGACGUCCUGACUCUCAGUACAAACGUCCUUCCUGGUUUACCUGACAGGGGAGAUAACUCGUGUCAGGUACCACUCAGGGACAACCAACUCUUGUUGACACUGUUUCCAAGAGUAUUGAGGUUUUGUGGUGACCAGACUUCAAACCAGUAUCAUGCCUUUCAAAUUCUGUCCGUCUGGUUCAAGAGCUUACACAAGUGCCUGCCAACAAUACACUCAAACCAUGAAACAGUUGGUUUUACAUCUAAAGAUUCAUUCUAUCUCGAGGAAACCCUGAAGCUUGUCUUUCUUAACUGGGACAGUCCUGUAGAUGGCGUUGCAGCCUUUGUGUGUGAGAUAUUCCAGGCAGUGUUGUCUGUGUGGAGCUGGGAGAGGGCGGACAGACAUACAGACAAUGACAGACUCAGUGAGGAACUUCUGUCUCGACUCCUGGAUAUCCCAUGGUAUGCGAGGGGGAAGUACAAGCUGCUGGGGCUGAUCCUGCCCUAUACAGACAUCAGCAAGCUGUUUGCUAAUGCUUGCCUGAAAGGACAUCUCCUGCAGUGUAUGUCAACCAAUGACCUUUCACCCCCUGCUUCGGAUGUUUACAAGAGCAGUUUGCAACAAAUAAGGAAUGUCUGUGAGAAGGAGAAUCAGCUGACUGUGUGGCGGGAGGCAUGGCUGGAGCUUCUCCUGGCUGGACUCUUCAGUGAUGAACCACUGCUGUUCAGGAAGAUGUGUGAUUAUUGGAUCCCACUGACGUUAAAGUUGCUGCCAGCAUCUGCAACGUUCCUGCCGCACCAUGUGUGUGAGCUGCGACGUGAGAGUCUGUGUGAGGCUCGCAGGAGACGAGCCCUGUACGUCUGGCUGGUCCUUCUCCGUAGCAUCCGGAACAAUAAGGGUCUCCAGGAACAGGAUUUCAAUGUUGAACUGCUGACUGAAGCUUUGUACUCCAGAGAGGAAGAAGUCAGAGGGGAGGCUGUAGCUUUUCUUUGUGUGACGAAAAAAUCAGAACUGCUCACUGAGAGAGAGGUAGAUCUACUACAGAGUGGUCUCCCCUUGUGUCUGCGGGUAGAUUCUGCUCCUUUCCGACAAAACCUCGCUUCCAGCAUGAAGAAACUGAUGAUGCGACUUCGCGAUGGUUGUCUGGCAGGGAUCAAGAAGAAGCAGGAGGAGCUGGUCAGGUCGCUGGAGUUCCUUGACUGGCUGCAUGGGACAUUGAUUGGCAGCUUGUUGCCGGGCGCCAGCUUCCAGCGCCGGAAGACCUGCCUGGAGAUCCUCAACAUCAUCUACGACACUCUGGUGUAUGUGCCUGGAGGAGGGACGCACCUGAGGGGGCAGGCUCAAGAGAAGUGUGUACAGAUUGUUGAGUACGCUCACCGCCUGGGUCUGUGUGAUUUCCUCAGCUGGAGAUCGAUGGUUGCAGUGUGCACUUGUGUUACAGACGGUGCUGAUGAGGUGCAAGAGUUGAGUGCUGGGCUCCUGAUGCGGUUCUUCCCAUGGUCCGCGCCCCAACAACCAGGCUACCACCCCGAGGAUCUGGCUUAUCAUCUUCUCUCUAGUGCUCUGCAUCUUUGCAGCAGCCCUCGGCCGUAUGAGACCCAGAGUGGCGCCCUCAUCUGUAACAUCGUCUUUGUCAAGUAUGCAUGUGAGCAGGGGGCAGUGUUUAGCCGAGGGUCAGGAGAAGGCUUUACAUGCACACUGAUGGACUCGUCCAGUGCUCAUUCCCAGUUUCUGCAGUUCCUGCUAGAAGAGACACAGAAAGCUCUGGCGCUGGCCGAGACAAAUCUGGUCCUGGCGUCCAGAGAAAGUCCCAUACAUGGUUUGAUACAGGGAAUUGCAUUAUGUCUGAAGUCUCUUCAAUCUCGACAUGACCUUGACCUUCCUGUUAGUCUGCUUCUGGAUCUGCUUAAGGUCAAUGUGAAGGUGAUUCAGAUGACCUUGUCAGUGACCUCAGGGGGCAAUGAGAAAGAGAGCUGCCCAUCGUUUGCAGAGCUGGGGGUUGCCCUUGAUAGCCUUGUAUCUGGGGAGCGAGAAGGAGAAUCGCUGUCACUGACACCAGAGUUCCAGUUCAUGUUGUCCUGGUGCUGGGUCAACCUCAAGGAGAGCUGUACCUGUCUGGGUGAGGUGACCGCCUGUCUGGUGACGUCCAGGACCGGGGACAGACCAACAUGGCUACAGGAGCUACAGAGUGUGGGCCAGGUGUAUGUUCAAGUCCUCACCAGCUGUCGGAUCAGGGGUGCCAUUGAAGGAUGCCGCCAAGGGUUCCUGCAGUACUGCACAGUUCUGAUGUCCUGUGAUGACCCUGCUCUAGCAGCCAUACCGGCAGAGAUUCUACACCAGGUAAUGAGUAGCCUGGAGAGCAACUUGAUGUCGGCGUCUGUAACUCGCCGAUCCGCAGGGCUUCCGAUCAUAGUGCAGGUCAUUGCACAGGCUGAACAGAGGAGGAAACAGCACCAGCUCCUGACACAGUCAGUGGUCACUCUGUUCCGAUUGGCGUCUGCUCCCUUCACACCCCAGUCUAACCAGACACAGGACGUCUGCCAAGUCCAUGCCCUCAACAUCCUCAAGGCCCUUUUCGGUGAUGCUGCGCUGGUGCUCAGCCUGAUGUCCCGGUACACGGAGGUCCUCAUCAUCAUCUUCGAUGGGUUUGAGUCUCCCAGCUGGGCCAUCAGGAAUGCUGCUACACAACUCUUCGGGAUAAUGGUGAGUCGCAUGUUUGGUCCUCGGGGAAAGGCAGGCACUAGUCAGAAGAUGAUGACUUUCCAAGAGUUAUUUGCCCACUACCCAGACCUACCGUCAGCCAUGUUGUCAAGGCUAGAGACAACAUGUACCAACUUUGGAAGUAUCAACAGCCUGCAGCCAUCUUUGUUCCUGGUGCUCACCUUGUUGGCCAGUCUUGGUCCAGCCGAGUCUCAGUCAACUGACCAAAUUGAGAGAGCGUUGAGAGAGAAGAUAUCAUUGUCCUUACCCAGCCCAGUGUAUACCCUGCGUGAGUUGUCCGCCCGAGCAGCUGUCACUUUCAUACCUCUCGACAGUGGAGAGCAGGAGGGCUUGAAACUUGUGGCUAGCCUCCCACCAUCUUGUGACAAGAUUGACGGACAUAAUCUACUACAUGGAACUUUAUUAUGUGUGGAAAAGUUGAUUCUCAGUAGAGAGUUUAGUAAGACGUUUAAACAGACAUUGUUCACUGUAAUCCUAGAGAAAUCCUGGAUUCUCACCAAGCUGAGUCACUGCCCUCUAAUUUCUGCUAAAUAUGUUCAGAUAAUAAAACAUUUAAUACCAGACUGUGAUUGUGAUGAACGUUUAAGAAUGUCCAUUGUUAGUUUAUUGAAGUCUGCGAUGGACGGAGAACAUUCCAGCAUAUUACAGAUUGGGACUGGACUGAAAGUAAAGGAUUCAAUGCUCUGUAUUACACAUCUGCUUCACGACAUACAAGAUGUUUUAACAAAACAGUGCUGUGAUUGGCUGCAGUCACCGGACAGUGACGUCUGCUCAGUCUGUCUUGACAUAUUACUUAAAAUGGCGGUGAAACACAGGAACAGCAAUGUGGACUGGUCACAGAUUCAGCCCCAGAUAUGGAUGCUGCUACAGAGAGAUGUGGGGAUCUCCACCCUGACGGCGGCCAUGUCCCUCCUGGCAGAGAUACAACUCCAUCAGCUGACACAGGUACACUCUGACAACAUCACCAUAGAUGACCUUCACCAGGUUGAAGCCCUAUGUGGAAGCACAUCCAGUCUUCAAGCUGCUUGUAUCCAGAUGAAGGCCAUCUUGGUCAAGAACAUGCUGAAACUUCAACUCCCUGUUACAGAUUCCUUGUGCGUACCCUGUUACAGAUUCCUGACUGUCAAAGAACAAAGGGAUACAGUUCUAGUUUGCUCGACUCCGUGUUCACCCUGCUGGAGGACGGGGAUACAGACAUACGGGGAUACAGACAUCAGGGACAGGGCUGCCCAGUUCGUCAGCUCUCUACACUGGGACCAGAGAUGCAUACAGUUCUCUGAUGUUGACAGUAACACCUGCCAGAAGAUGUUUUGCCAGUACAUCAGUUCCAUCUCAACCUGGCCUCCAUCUGUACCUAUAUACCUCCUGGAGAAGAUCUACAGGUCAGGGGAGGUAAUCCAGGCAUGCAGGAAUAACAGGCUGAACAGCAGAUCAGAGGUGCUGUUUGAGCAGGAGGACAGCAGCAUUCUGUCUGAGAAGCCAUUGCAACAAGAGAUGUAUCACUCGACUGUCAAGGCACUUCUCCAUGGCAACAGUGACAUGUUACCAGCCUCCUAUGUGUCCCAGAAAACUGCUGAAAUAUCAACAGACCUCACAGCUUGCAUACCAGUCUUACGGAAGAACUUGCAAAAUGCUCCUAUUUUGAACAUCAGCAGUGACAGCACUGUCUACUCCUCAAUUGCUGGUCUCAUCCUUGUAGCUGAUGUUGUUGUGACAGUAGCAGAUGCAGCCGUAGUUGGUGACAUACAGGCGAAGCUAGCUGAACUGGGUCAGAUGAAAGACCUCCAUCCUGGGCUGCAAGUCAUUUUAAACAAGCUCCUCUCCAACCAGUCCAAGUGAUGUGUUUGGGCUCCCACACGUUUGUUUGGUUCGAAGUUCACAUCAGGCCAAACUGUUUCAUUGUUAACCAUACUAUUAUGGACACUUCAUACUUUUAUUAUUAACUUAUUAUGGUCACCUUUCUGAUUGCUGUGGUCCCAUAUUAUUUAUUACAUAUUUAUAGCAAAUGUAUAAGUGAGUGAGUGAGGUUUUACGCC